UGGGGCUUGGUCAAUUCGGAAACAAGACUUUCAUUAUUUUCACUGUCCCGGCUGUCAGGACCCGAUCUGUGCAUUAUCGGACCACCGUGAUUUCAUUGCACGCCUGAGGAAGACCCAUCAUCUUGGACACUUGAUUGCGCCGCUCACUGAUGUAAGAGUGUGGAUAUCACCCAUCAAUGUGCUGAGAAUUCUGGUGGCAAUCUUUUAUAUCAACCCCAAGGCCAUCCUCUCCUCACGCCUACGACGAUGGCCUCCAACUUCGAUCCUACCGCUAUGUCCGGUCAAUUACCAGAAGACGAUUCGCCUACGGACUUAGCUGUCAAUACCCACGAGGGCUCAUCGGAUUUGAGCCCAGAAACUUCCGAUCUGGGUCGUGAUACGAGCGUCGGCGGCUCAGACAGAGUCUACCCCAUCCGAUCGAUCGUGUCCGUCAACCCCUCCCCAACCAGUCCGUCUCAACCCGUUGCAGCGACCGGUUCCACGCUGCCUCGAUGCGGAGCCCGAUCUUACUCCAUCAUCGAUUCCGAUACUUGGGAUCAACUGCGCACACAGCCGGUCCUUACUCCACCUAGCGAUACUGCCGCCAGCAGUAACGAACCCCUGUUUACGCCCGGAACUUCCGAAUGCGCCUCUCAUGAGCCGUCCGAAGGUCAUUCACGCAACUCGGACGCUGGGAUUUGGGUGCCCGCCGAUUCGGACGGGUCGGUGCUAGCGGUGGACAAGAGCAAGACGCACAUCACCUCCCGGUUCCAGCAUGUCGUCACCGGAGGUGGACACGCCGUGAUCACCGGCAACACCCCCGAUACGUUCAUGGCUUGCGAGGACGAACCGAUUCACAUUCCAGGUGCGAUACAAAGUUUCGGAGUCCUUCUCGCGAUGCGAGAAGACGAUGACGGCCUGCUAUCGGUCCACAUCGCCAGUGAGAAUUCGGAGGCCAUCUUAGGUUACUCACCCAGUAGUCUGUUUGCCCUGGAGAGCUUCUGCGAUAUCCUGCAGGAGGACCAAGCGGACAUCCUUCUUGACCACGUCGACUUUGUCCGCGAUGAAGUCCACGAUCCCGGGGCGGACGGGCCAGAGGUUUUCAUUCUUUCAAUAAACGAUCGGAACGGUCGCGCUCGGCGCUUCUGGUGCGCUAUUCAUGCAAUCCCCGCUCAACGGGAUCUCAUCAUCUGCGAAUUUGAGUUGGAAGAUGAUCGAAUCAAUCCUCCGAAUAUGGCCGGGCGCUCAACGCCCACCACCCAAACCGAUACCCUUGGAUUUGAGCCCACCCCGGAGCAACUGGCAAGCAGCACUGUCAACAUUAGCCAACCUUUGCGAGUCCUUCGGAAUGCACGCAGGCGGCGCGGUGAAGCGGCUGCUAUGGAAGUUUUCAGCAUUGUUAGCCAAAUCCAGGAUCAAUUGGGAGAUGCCAAGACCCUCGACUCACUGCUCAACAUUACCGUGGGCUUGGUAAAAGAGCUGACCGGUUUUCAUCGUGUGAUGAUCUACCAAUUUGACAGCGAAUUCAAUGGGACCGUGGUGGCUGAGUUGGUUGACAUGCGAACCACGAAAGACAUUUAUAAAGGGCUGCACUUUCCCGCAGCGGAUAUUCCGAGGCAAGCCCGAGAACUGUACCGUAUAAAUAAGGUUCGAUUGCUAUACGAUCGGGAUCAGAUCACUUCACGACUAGUUUGCCGCAGUCUGCAGGACUUGCAGACCCCUCUGGAUCUAACCCACGCUCAUCUACGAGCAAUGUCGCCAAUUCAUAUCCGGUACCUGGCUAAUAUGGGUGUGCGUUCGUCCAUGUCCAUCAGUAUUAACAACCCCCAUGAUCUUUGGGGUCUCAUCUCAUGCCAUACUUACGGCGACGCGGGUAUGAGAGUGCCGUUUCCAAUCCGGAAGAUGUGUCGAUUGAUCGGUGACACCCUUUCGCGCAACAUUGAGCGUCUUUCCUACACCUCACGGUUACAGGCUCGCAAGCUGAUCAACACUAUUCCGACCGAUGCAAAUCCUUCGGGCUACAUCAUCGCCUCGUCGGAUGACAUGCUACGAUUGUUCGAUGCGGACUAUGGGGCAAUCUCCAUUCGUUGUGAGACCAAGAUUCUAGGCAAAUCCACCGAAUCCCAGGAGAUGCUGGCAUUAUUGGAGUUCCUCAAAAUGCGUCAGCUCAAAUCAGUGGUUGCAUCACAUCACGUGACGAAAGACUUUCCCGAUCUGCACUAUCCUCCAGGCUUCAAACAUAUUUCGGGAAUGCUUUAUGUGCCCUUGUCUUCAGAUGGCACGGACUUCAUAGUUUUCUUCCGUCGGGGCCAGCUGACGGAGAUCAAAUGGGGCGGUAACCCUCAUGAGAAGGAGGUUAAAGAUGGUCAUUUAGAGCCUCGAAAGAGUUUUCAGGUCUGGAGCGAGACAGUCAUCGACCAGUCUCGUGAGUGGUCUGAAUCGGAGGUUGAAACGGCAGCUGUUCUCUGCCUCGUCUAUGGUAAAUUCAUCAAGGUCUGGCGACAGCAAGAAGCGGCUCUAGAGGGAUCCCAGCUGACCAAGCUCUUGCUGGCCAAUUCGGCCCAUGAGGUUCGGACACCUUUGAACGCCAUCAUCAAUUACCUCGAGAUUGCACUAGAAGGCGUUCUCGAUCACGAGACUCGCGAUAAUCUUACCAAAUCAUAUUCCGCCUCCAAAUCUCUCAUCUACGUCAUCAAUGAUCUUCUGGAUCUCACCAACACUGAGAAGGGCCAGAACCUGAUUAAAGACGAGGCUUUCGAUUUACCUCUAACCUUUAAAGAGGCAACGGCCAUGUUUGAAGGAGAGGCGAAACGCAAAGGCGUCAAAUUUACGGUGCUCACCCAUCCGGGUAUCCCUCGAACUGUUCUGGGCGACGAACGGCGCGUGCGACAGGCGAUCAGCAACCUUAUCUCCAAUGCAGUUCAGUAUACGACGGAGGGCGAGAUUACUGUGGAGUUUUGGCGGGCCCCUGUCACCCCGGAGCCCGGUGUUGUCACCAUCCAGAUGACGGUUCUUGAUACGGGAUGCGGAAUGUCCGAUACCAUGCUCGAAACAUUGUUUCAAGAGCUCGAGCAGGUUUCAUAUAAGGACGACGACACCUAUUUCUUCGAUCGUGACCCCAACUCCUCGAAUGGUGAAAGAACGGAAGGGGAGGAGAAAGGCGUUCUAGGACUGGGACUGGCGCUCGUGUCGCGAAUUGUUCGCAACACUCACGGUCAGCUCAGUGUCCGGUCUGAAGAAGGCAAAGGAAGCCGCUUCCAAAUCUCGCUCCAGUUCGUGACUGCAAAUGAUGAGCAACCUGAGUUGGACCCGGUCGAUAUUCCAGCUCAUGCCGAUAGCCCGACGCCCUUCCAGACGAAGGAAGAGUUUGUGCUUGUAGAUAACAGCUCAACCCCUCCUCACGAGGACCGACGACGCAGCGACGACAGUUCUCGAGCUGGUAGCACUGACAAAUCACACCCUAGCCAAAUUCCAAUCGAAAGCCUCAAAGAUAAGCUUGCUAACGUGUCUAUCCGAGAGCUUUCCAAACUGUCUCAAACCGAAUUAGCAGAUGAUGCUGCAGACUCAGUACAGCCAAAUACAAAGUCUCCCUCUACGCAACCGUCCGAGAAUCGAACGACUCGUCAGGAUUCUAAGCCCAAAACCCCUCCCGGCAUCUACAGUAUUCUCGUGGCGGAAGACGACCCUAUCAAUGGCAAGAUAAUACAAAAGAGACUCGGCAAGGCCGGUCACUCUGUUCACCUGACCAUCAACGGCGAAGAAUGCGCGGCUGCCUUCCGUGCUGAUCCCGCGCGUUAUGACCUGGUGUUAAUGGACAUCCAGAUGCCGAUUGUUGAUGGAAUCAAUUCCACCAAGAUGAUCCGCCAGAUCGAGAAGGAGCCGAGCUGUGCGCUCUCUCCGACCGCUCAAGCCAACGAACGAGUCCCCGUUUUCGCGGUGUCUGCUUCUCUCCUCGAAAAGGACAUGCCUUUAUAUGUCGGUGCUGGCUUCGACGGAUGGAUCAUGAAACCUAUCAAUUUCAACCGCCUUAAUGUGCUUAUCAAUGGAGUGGAAGACGAGAUGAUCCGCCGUCAUGCUACCUACCGGCCUGGAGGGUGGGAGAAUGGAGGCUGGUUUUGAUUCCUAGAGCGGUUAUAGCCCGUUCGCCUUCCAUUCUCACGGCGACCCCACCUUCGCCUCCUCCCGAGUCCUUUCGCUGGACUCCCGCUCGCCCCCGUAUCUAUCAUCAUCAUAUUUCCGACUAUCCUCGCAACUCCACCCAUCAACCUCGCAUAUUAACGAAAAGUAAUAAGUUAUGACCGAUUACGAU